GCUUCUGGCAGUUUUUUUUCCCAGCUUUCCUCCCUUCUUGCCGGCCUUUGGCAAACCUCAGCUGAUUUCCAAACCCUCCGUUGCUGCUGGGGGUUGGUACAAAGGUUUAAUUAUUUGCCUUUUCUCGGGUAAGGCGGGGAUAGGGAGAAGGUCGGGCCCCAUCGUCUGACACUCCUAAUCUUGCCCACUUUUGUUGUACACUCCCUCUCUCCCACCCCCCUUCCUUCCCUGUCUCCUGCCCAGCUCCCAGAGCCCACCAUGAAUCCACAGGCAUUUUGGGGAUGCUUUUGCCUGCUUUGCUUUUCCUUCCUGAGAUCAGCAAAAGGUAAGGGAGACUUUGGGCUGAUUUGGGUUCAGGGACACAACGGGGUCUGGAUGCCUGGAGAGGUGAGAUGCUCAUCCCAGCACUUAACCUCCUGGUCUACAGCCAAGCAGGGAACAGGGACUGGUAAACUGCAAGCAGCACGAGCAUGUCCUGAGGCAGGGAAGUUUUGGGGAUCAUGGCAGUCCUUCCUGGGGGUGAGGAAAACCAGAGAGCUGGAGCUUUUUAAACUGCACACAGCACAGAACUAUACAAACUCUUCAGUCUGUCUCACAGAGGAAAGCCCCAGGGACUGAGCUGGAUUUACAUUGAUUCAUUUGUUGUUAAAAGCAGCAAAGCUAUAAAACAUUUCAGAAGCCCAGCAAGUGUGUCAAAUUUGCAAGAGAAUUUCAAGUGACUUCAGAAAAUAGAUUUGACUGGUUUGUCACAGCAAAGGCAACCCUUCUCCCUUCAUCACAAUUGUAUACAAGCAAGAGAAGGGACUCAGAAUAAUUUUGGAGAAAUAAGGCUGAAGCAGGGUGUUUUGAUCUAAAGCUGUCCCACCACCUUCAUUUUGCCUUAGCACAAAGUCAGUAAUUUAAUUAAGAGUUAGAAGUUCUGAUGGAAAACCCAGAAUAUGAAUAAUUCAGUUUCUUUUCUCCCCUAAGAAGGUUGACUGUGCCCCAGUUAAUGCCCAGUGCUAAAAAGGCACUGGAGAAAUCCCUCCUGUCUGUGGGCAUGCUCAGGAAACUUCCCUUUAGGAUUAAAGUGCGUUUCUUUGGCAUUUCUAAAAGUCCUGAAGUCCCCAAGUGGAGACCCUGCUCGAGCCAUCAUUUUUGAGGCAGGGCUGGAAACACGAGCAGGAAUCAGCUGUCAGCCCGGAGAACACCCAAAUAUCUAAACCACGGGCACAAUUCCCCGUGAAAACCUUCCCAUCAGCUAGACUUCCAGUCCCAGGAGGUCGAGUGAUGCACAGGUCACGAGCACCCCUGCAAGCCCGGGUGCCCUCUGGAUGGAAGUUGCCAGGUGCAGGAAGUGGAGGAGAUCCAUGACUGCUUACCUUCAACAUUUCCAUCUUUCCACAGGGAAUUUGCAGCCACUCUCUUUCCAGCCCAGGACCCUGUACCAGUACCGGUACAUGCUGCAUGUCCAGCUGGACCACACGUCCACACCAUCCCCGUGGGGAGCCCGGCUGCAGGCUGAGGCAUUGAUCCAUCUGCACCGGCUCUGGAGGGACCAAGGCAGGGAAGAGCUGCUCCAGGUGCAGAUCCACAACCUGAAGGCCCAACACCAGCCAGAAGAGGAGAGGAACCAGGACAGCAGCAGAGGUCCCCCUGUAGAGAUUGCACUGAGCCAGGAGGCACAGGCAGAGUUCCAGCAGCCAGUGUUCAUCUCCUGGAACAGUGGGAAGGUCAAAGCUUUCUAUGGGAAUGAAGCGGAAAACAUCCUGAUCUCCAACCUGAAACGAGGCAUCAUCAGUCUGUUCCAGCUUCAGCCCCAUGCUGGCACCACAGUGGAGGAAGACGCCUCUGGAAGCUGCCAAGUCACCUACACUGUGUCCAACCAUUCCAUCACCAAGACCAAAGAUCUUCUCAGCUGCUCAACGCCAAAGUCUGGAUUCACCUCCACAAACAAAAUUUUUGGAGUUGAGUGGCAGCCCUCCAGCACAAGCCAGUAUGUGGUGAAAGGCAACCUCCUCCAGUCGGUCCUGGCAGAGGAAAGCCACGUGGUGGCUCCAGCCCUGAGAUCCCGCUCUGGCAUCAAAAUCAGUUCAAGGCAGCAGCUCCAGCUGGUGUCUCCUGCAAUGCCUGGGCCAGCAGAAGUGUCUGGACAAAGCCUUGAGGAUGUGCUGGCUGGCACAGAUGCACGGCCCCAGCCCCUGGUCAUGACCAGCCUGCCCUUCAGGAGAGUCUGCACCCACUGCCCAUCGCUGAGAGCCUUCCUGAAGGCUUUUGACAGACAGAGAGCCAAAAUAGACACCUCGAGGGUGGCGACAGCCUGGCAGUUCCAGAGGUUCAUCCAGAUGCUGCGCAGCGCCAAGAAGAGGGAUGUCCUGCAGCUGCUGAGGAGAGCACCUGAGGAGAUGCGCCCCUUCCUCGUGGAGGCAGCGGUGGCCACGCAGUCAGUGGCUUCCUUGGCAGCGCUCUCAGACUUCCUGGAUUUCAGCAAGGAGCCCAAGUCCCUUGUGGAGAAGUUUCUCUACGCAGCAGCUUUCUCUCCCCGGCCUUCUGGAGAGCUUCUCCAUCUCAUCUUAGACAAGCUGGAUGAGAAGCAGCUGUCGCCUGAGACCUGGGAGACAGGGGUAGUUGCUGUGGGCUCUCUGGUGGGCAAGCUGUGCCAGCAGAAGCUCUGUGGGCUGCAGGUGGUGGAGCGUGGGGUGGAAACCAUCCUCAGGGGGCUCAGAGGUGCCGAGGAGGAGCCCAAGGUGGUCAUUUACCUGCUGGCCCUGGGGAAUGCGAUGCUCCCCGAGACCAUCCCCAUUCUCCUGGACCAUGCCGAGGACGGUCCCACUGCUGUCACUGCCGCGGCCACCUCUGCCCUGCAGCGAUUCCCUGUUCCCCACAUCUCCAGCAAGGUGAAGCGAGUGAUGAGGAGGAUUUUCCACCAGAAGAGGAAGAGUUAUGACAAAACCUGUCGCCUAGCCGCUGCAGAAAUCCUCCUGGAUAACCACCCCUUGCCCAUGGAUGUCAUCAACAUCUUGCUGGCCACCAGCGAGAUGGAGACAGAGAUGGCCACGUUCCUGCUGCUGAAAGUCCAGAACAGCCUGCGUGACCACCACCACCUGGCAAGGAACAUAAUGAAAGACAUCAUGGGAGACCCGCGGAUAAAUAAUUACAAUUUCUUCUCUAAAGUCGGCACCUCCUCUUCUUUCUCAGGACCUCUGACAGUCACCCAGGACCUGAUUUCCACUUUCGGGCUGGAUCUACUGUUUUUGGAGGGUGGAUUCCUGAGGAAGAGCGUCUCCGACUUCUCCCUGCUCAGCCAUGGCCAGCGGCUUCGUGCAGCUCAGGUCACCUUUGAAGCACAAGGGAUGGAGUCAAUGAUGGGAGAAAACCUCUCGGAAGGGGAAGAGGAGCCAGAGCUCAUGGCUGGGAUGUCGGCCACCUUCUUUGAUGUCCAGUUGCGGCCAAUCAUCUUCUUCCAGGGCUACACAGAUCUAAUGGCCAAGGUGCUGCUGAGCAGCGGAGAGCCCACCAGUGUGGUCAAAGGGAACCUCCUGCUGAUGGACCAUCACCAGGUCAUUCCUCUGCAGUCUGGCCUCCAAGUGACUGUCAAACUCCAGGGCAGCCUGGGGCUGGAUAUUUCAGCUGACAUGGAUGUGAGCAUUUGGGAGCAGGAACUGAAAACCAGCGUCAAUGCGAGGGGAAGCCUCACUAUGGAUUUCCAGGCAGAACUAGAUUCCCCUUUCCUCCAAGCCACCCUGAGGAGCCAGACAGAGGUGGAGACCUCUAUCCACUUCGACACCAUGCUGAGGUUUUCCAGCAGCCCCGUGCUCAUGUGCCUGCAGCUGAGAGAGGAACAGGUCCCGUACAGAGAAAUCUUCACAGUUUCCCAGUCUGCUGGGAGCCAGAGCAGCACCUCUCGGAAAGGCCGGCAUGGCACCGUGCCUGGGAGGGAAUUUGCCUUGCACCAAACCAAUUCCAAGGUCUGCAACCUCCUGCUGACAGCAGAAAAAGAAUAAGGAGUCAGAGCACUUAGGGACUCUCCUCCACAACCACCUUUCAACUAGAAAAAUGCUGCAAUAAGGACAUCAGAAGGGACCACAGGAGGAACUGCUGAAGGACAGACACACCCCUUGCCUCCAAAUCUGCCCUCACACCCCAAAAGGCUGAGAUUUCCCCCUCCUGGACUCCUCCCUUUCAUGGGGAAGGGCCUUGCUGGAAGCCAAGCAUGUCCUCGUGAAAAACUGCCUUAUUUUGCAAGUGAGUGAGUUUCUCAGAGCCCAAGAAACCCUCCUGCAAGCCUGCACCCCAAAAUGCCAUGUUUUCUCCCCAUUUAUCAAAACUGUCAGGAGGGAAUACAUUUGCAGCUAGCUGGAAGUCCCCACUGGAGGGAAUAAAUGACCUUCUUUUAAUGCACAGCUUUUUUGGCUGCCAAAUUUUCCAAGAAUAUGGAAAAAAACUGAUUUCUGGAGGAGGUGCAAUGGUUUUUAAUAUUUUUUUAAUGCAACUCCAGAAUAAUCCUCAGGGAGAAAAACAGAGAAGCAAGAACAAAAUGCCAAUUAUUCCAUGUUCUUUCUGGCUUAAUUGAAGGUGUUCACAUUCUUUUGCACACGAAGGCAACUCAGCUCCCUCUCAGCUUGGUGCCAGCCUCAUAUUCCUGGGAGAAUUUACACUCUUUUGCCAGGGAUGUGGCCAGUGCCUUCCCACUCCAGUGUCUACAGGACAGGCAGGGCUGCAAGGAUCAUCUGAUGUCAUUAAAAACACCUUGUAAUUAAAAUCCACAAGGGCAUGAGCAGAGGUGACUUCUGCCUGCAGCCUCAUGUCUUAACUGUUGAUCCAAAGUUUAUGUAUUAAUGGAGAAGCCUCUGGCCUCUCAUCUCCCGGGCAGCAGCUCCCCUGCUCUUUUACUGGAGAUAAGAUUUGCCCCCACCCUACGUGUGGGAAGGCAGCAUUCCAGCAACAGAGGGAUCCAGCAGCUUCCCUCUCCUGCUGAUAUUUGGGCUCUUUUGGUGACCAUUUAUGAGAAUUACAAUUAGCUUUGGGUAAAUAUUGUCCUCCUGCUUUGCAUUCUGCUCCUGAGCUGAAUUGUUAUCAUCCCCCACCACCCAACACCUCCAGCACUGGAGGGAGGCUCGCGAGGAAAAAGCAGCAUUUCUCCAUUCUUUCCUGAUAAUGAUGUGCCUUGGAAAGUAUUUUUAGCCCUUAUUUUGUGUGUGUUAUAAAACAAGCUUUUUAGAAAAGAAAAGAGGGACAUGGAGUACAUUUUUUAAAAUUAUGAGCCUGAAAUGUUAGCACUGAGUCUCCUGGUUCAGCGGACGAAAAUGGUCUGGUUUUCCAUCUGGAGACACCAAUUACAAGCGCUUUGGUUAUGUACAGAAAUAAAUGCCAAGUAUUUUUA